CCUUCAUGAUAAAUAGAUAAUAAAUAAAAUGCUGAACCUUUUAUUCUCUUUAAAUUCCAACAGUUGUUCAAUAUGUUCCCGUGGAUAUUUCGAUGGGCGAGAAACAGGAUGCGUUUCAAGAGGAACGUUGCAGAAAACAAAUAAAACGGCUGAUCGGACGUCUACAAGAAACCUUGAAUGUUGAGAUGUGCAGAGGAUUUGUGGACUCGUUCCUAGCACACAAACAGAAGCUUGAGGAUUUGAAGAUUACGGAUUCACACUAUAACAUUGAGAACCUGGUGUCUACUGCUGGCAACCUCUUUACAGCUGGUACUGAUACGACAGGAACUACACUGAGAUGGGUUCUGUUGCUCAUGGCCAAAUAUCCCCAAAUUCAAGACGAGGUCCAGGCGGAGCUGAGCAGGGUGGUUGGAGACCGUCAGGUGAGGGCAGAGGACAGGAAAAACCUGCCCUUUGCUGACGCUGUCAUCCAUGAGACACAGAGAUUUGCUAAUAUACUUCCUAGAGUUGAGCCGGAUACUCGGUUGUAACGAGUAUCGGGUACG